AUGAGUCAAUUACAAACGUAUACUAGUGUAAAUGAUGGCGCUUCGGCUCGACGUUAUUCAGGUUAUCCACUUAAUUCAACAUUAGUUAGUUCAUAUACUCCGGAUACUAUCCGAAGUAUUAUUAGUCAUGCUGCAGCUGGUCAACCUUAUUCAACGGCUGUAUGGCUUCGUAUUAAUCGUGUUGGCAUUCAAAUAAACGCACAAGAUGCUCAAAUAGCUCGAACACGUGUGCCCGUCUUUAUUCCAAUUGGGCUUGUCCAUGAUAUUUACAUGUUACCAAAUAUAAAUAAUGUUGUUUGUAUUGUUUAUGAUGAGCUUCAAUCGAAUAUGAAAGGCGUUCUAUUGUAUGUUGUUCAUCCGUCGGAUGCGCAACUAUUGCGCGAUGAUUUUCGUAUUGUUAAACAAGCAAAUAAUAAUCAGCAACUUCCACCAGCUCCGUAUUCAAGUCCAUUUGAUAAUCGUUUUUCAAAAACAGGGGAGAUUUUUCCGCCGGGAACUAAUCGUAAUUUUCCACCGAUAACUUCAAAUAAAUCUCCAUUGUCAAAUGAACUCUAUCGAAAUACUGUAACUAUUCGACACGCAUCACCGAAACGUGUUGUAUAUGUUCGAGACAAUGACGCGCUAUCAAAUCGUAAUAUAACACCGACAACAACUGAAACGGGUUAUGCACCAUCGAAAAGUUCGAAUAAUAAUGGAAAAGAAGAUAGUAGUCAUCGACGUAAUAAAAGCCCAAAACGAAAUCCAGUAGGAAAUUCAUCAGGUAAACGUUCGAGUGAUAGUGGAACUAAACGACGAAAGCAUCGAUCACGUUCACCUGAAAGACAGGGCAAAACAAAAUUACCUGUUACUAAUAGUAGUCAUGAAUUAUCACAAGAACAAAUCCGUCAACAACAAGAAAUUUUACUUCAACAACAACAACAACAAUGGGCUCUUCAGCAACAACAAAUGGCAGCGUGGCAAGCUUCUCAACAAGCGUCUAUGGUUCCUAUUGGCAUUUAUAAUCGUUAUGUUCCAAAAACUAUUCCAUUGCCAACAGGUGAAACACUCAAAACAACAUUACCAGCAACGGGUAGUAAUGGUGCCACAUUGAAUGGCGUAGCUGUUGCAUAUAUUGAACCACAACAAACACAAACGACUACCAAAGAUUCUAAUGUUAUCGCGUCUCGCUCAUCAACCAAUCAGAAUACGACUCCAGCAGUAGCUCCUACGACGCAACCGCCUCGUCCACAUCAACGACGUGCACCCGUUAAUGAUCAAACAACAAAUGCAAUAUCUAAACCUGACACAAAUGCGCAUGCAUCAUCACAAUCUUCUCGAUCACGUUCAAAACAUUUGCCAUCCAAAGAUAAUACGAAGUCAGUUGAUAAGGAUGAUGAAACGAAACAAUAUUUAAAAAUGCUAAUCGAUGAAAUGCAAGCAAUGAAAAUUGAAAUGAACAAAAUGCGACAAUCAACUGUCGGUGGAACAAAGGGACGUUCAGAUUCGUUACAGGGAGAUUUAAGAGAGAUUCGCUCACAUAUUGAUCAUAUUCGUUCACGAAUGGCUGCAACACCGAAGAUUCCUGAAAACAUAAAUUAA